AUGCCGAACGUCGAAAAGGAGAUGGCCGCUUCCUACACAGAUGCGAAGGACUACCACCCUGGUGAAGACCCGAAGAACUACGUCUUUUCUGUUGCCUCUAAGCGAAUGCUUGUUGCCGAGGACCAUGUCACAGGCAUUCUGGUCUGGAUGGCUGUUCACAUCAACAAGAUGCCAGCCAAGGACAACUUCACAUUGAAACCAUCUUACUACAACUCUCCGAGCGAGAACGAACAGACCAACGUAGUCGAGGCAAAAAAUAUCAACAAGGACCAUUUGUUCCACGGACUGCCGAGAAACAACUGGUGGAUUCAGACCGCGCUCACGAUCUACAAGAACAAGUACCGAGACUCCCUUUCGGAAGAGCUCGUAAGAAAGCAAAACAAAUUCAAGAGCAAGCGAGCCAAGCCAGCCAGGAUCACUAAAUCGCAGCUCAAGAGCACCAGGAGCAUCAAUAGCAUCAAGAAGACCAAGAAAACCAAGAGCAUCAAGAGGAAGCAGCACAACUCCAAGAUCACCGAACUAGAAGAGUUGCUCUUCGGCCAUAAAACUGGCGUCUCUGCAAGCGACUCCAAGGCCAUCGCAGCCGAGAUAGCCAAGGCAAUCAAAUUCAAGACAGCACCCCCAGCAUGUGUCCUCUCGCUCAUGAAAGAGACCAUGGCCGACCUGGCGGAGAGGAUUAGGAUUAGGGAACUAGCAGGUGAUAUUUGA